CGCAUCCGCGUCGCGCUGCGCACAGUGGGCCGCAGGGAGCGGGCCUGAGAGGAGGGCUCCCGCUCUCGCUUGUGUUCCCGUUCCCGCAUCGCGCAGCUGCAGCUCUCGGGCAUGUGACGCCUCGCGGGGUGCGCGCGGGCUGCGCUGGGAGAAGAGCGGAGCGGGCGGCUCGAGGACCCCUCUGGCGCGCACGGCCAAGGACGCGUUGCCGCCUGAGGGCUUAGGGCCGUUCUUCUGGGUUCUGCCUACCUGCUCCCGGCACUUGCCACGCCUCUGUCAUAGGCUGCGUGAGCAGUACUUUGGGGUGACUUUUCGGCAGUAAUCCUGCCAAACCCAAAUUCCAUUUUCCAGGGUGUCUGGGAGGAAACUUGAGGGUGCGAGAGUGCUCCACUCCUUUGUCCUUUUCUGAGGAUUCUCCUGGAUUUUUUUUUUUUUUUUUCUCCUUCGUGCCCUGCCUUUCGAUCAGUCUUUCGGUCUGUUAACGAAAUCCAAAGUCCUCACGGCCCAGAUCGGUCUUGCUCUUCGCAGGGCCUCGGAAGCAAAUGGAGCUGUGGAAUGAGCGUUGUGGCUUCUAGACAAGCUGCAGGAAUUCCAGGGAUUACUCCAACUGAAGAAAAAGAUGGUAAUCUUCCAGAUAUUGUGAAGAGUGGAAGUUUGCAUGAGUUCCUGGUUAAUUUGCAUGAGGGAUAUGGGCCUGUGGUCUCUUUCUGGUUUGGCAGGCGCCUUGUGGUUAGUUUGGGCACUGUUGAUGUCCUGAAGCAGCAUAUCAACCCCAAUAAGACAUCGGACCCUUUUGAAACCAUGCUUAAGUCAUUAUUAAGGUAUCAAUCUGAUGGUGGGAAUGUGAAUGAAAACCACAUGAGGAAAAAAUUAUAUGAAAGCGGUGUGACUAAUUCUCUGCAGAGUAAUUUUGCUCUCCUGCUAAAGCUUUCAGAAGAAUUAUUAGAUAAAUGGCUCUCCUACCCAGAUUCGCAGCAUGUACCCCUCUGCCAGCAUAUGCUUGGUUUUGCUAUGAAGUCUGUUACACAGAUGGUGAUGGGUAGUACAUUUGAAGAUGACCAGGAAGUCAUUCACUUUCAGAAGAAUCAUGGCACAGUUUGGUCUGAAAUUGGAAAAGGCUUUUUAGAUGGAUCACUUGAUAAAAGUAUAACUCGGAAAAAACAAUAUGAAGAUGCUCUUAUGCAACUGGAAUAUAUCUUAAAGAAAAUCAUAAAAGAACGAAAAGGAAGGAACUUCAGUCAACAUAUUUUCAUUGACUCCUUAGUACAAGGGAACCUUAAUGACCAGCAGAUCCUUGAAGACAGUAUGAUAUUUUCUCUGGCCAGUUGCAUAAUAACUGCAAAAUUGUGCACCUGGGCAAUCUGUUUUUUAACCACCUCUGAAGAGGUUCAGAAAAAACUUUAUGAAGAGAUAGACCAAGUUUUGGGGAAGGAUCCCAUUACUCCAGAGAAAAUUGAGCAGCUCAGAUAUUGUCGGCAAGUACUUUGUGAAACAGUUAGGACUGCCAAACUGACUCCAGUUUCUGCCCGGCUUCAAGAUAUUGAAGGAAAGGUUGACAAAUUUAUUAUUCCUAGAGAGACUCUUGUUCUUUAUGCCCUUGGUGUGGUACUUCAGGAUCCCAGUACUUGGCCGUUACCACACAAAUUUGAUCCAGACCGGUUUGAUGACGAAUCAGUAAUGAAAACUUUCUCCUUGCUUGGAUUCUCAGGCACACAGGAAUGCCCAGAGUUGAGGUUUGCAUAUAUGGUGACCACAGUACUUCUGAGUGUAUUGGUGAGAAAGCUGCACCUACUUUCUGUGGAGGGACAAGUUAUUGAAACUAAGUAUGAACUGGUAACAUCAUCCAAGGAAGAAGCUUGGAUCACUGUCUCAAAGAGAUAUUAAAAUUUUAUACAUUCAACUUUCUGGAGGAAAAUGAUGGUUUAGAAAAAUCUGUAUUAAAUCCUUUUAUAAACUAAGUAAUACUGUGGAAUAUAAAUACAUACUAGUACUUCAUUAUGUAAAUUUGGAUUUUUGUAUAUCAGAUUUUCUUAAUUCAUGAUAUACAUUGAUUCUUAUUAUAUCAAUAUAAUGAUAAUUUUAAUGGGAAGCUCUCUGCUUUUUUGUUUUAUCACUUUCUAUGCCAUUAUCUUCAUAUUAUUUUUCUUUGAUCUCUAAUGCUCUUUUUUUAAAUCUCUAAUAUUCUUGAAGAGAGACAUUAUUUUUGCACACUUUGGCAAGUCAUGUUUUCUAAAUAUUUAUAAAAGGGAGACAUAAUCCUAACUUCUUUUCAUACUUCCAGUAAAUCAUUUUAAUGGGGGAAAAUAAGAACUUCCCAUUAUGUUAUUUCUUGGGUUAAGAUUUUUAUUUUCUGAGUAUAAAUUAGUUUGUGUUUAGUCGUUAUUAGUAGGUUUGAGUAACCUACCUUGUAUUUGCUUAUUUUUAUACCUCCCCAGACAAUACUGUUCAUUUCAUGACUUAUACAAGGAUCAUCAUUUUGAGCAGUUCUAAAUCAUUUGGAAAUUACUACCAUUGUUUUUGAAUGUGUUUUUGAAGUGCCUCUCCUAAGGGACAAACUAAGAUUGAGGCUUGUCUUGUCUUUUGUUUGGCUGGAAGUGUUACUGGCACUAUAUUACUUCACCAAUUCUCAUUUGUGGAAACAACUGAAUUCUACUUUGUUGUUAUUAUGUCAUGUACUAAAUAUAAUGAACUUCAAUGAUUAGGAAAUGAGAGAGCACUAACCAAAAAAACAAAACCAAAUUAAAAAAAAACAAAACAUGGAUGAAAAUAAUUUGCAAAACAUCUGAUAGGGAUAAUAUCCAUAUGAUAUAUAAAUACAGAUUGGUGAGAAAACAUAAUAGAAAAAUGGUCAAAAGACAUGAAUAAACUAUUCUUAGAGGAGGAAAUAGCUAUUAAAAUUUUAGAAAAAAGGGUUAGUCUCACUAGUAAGUAAAGGAAUUUGGGGGCUAUUUUAAAAACACUUUAAGUAUCUUUCAAAAUUUUACUUAUUUACACUGACAAGUUUUAUAUUUAAUACUGUUUUAUUGAUAGCAUUAUAGUUUUGUCCACCUUUUCUGGUUACAUUGUUCUUGAGAAUUCUUUUAAGACAACAACUGAAGGAAAUAUGGCAAGUGCAGAUAGAGAGGAAAGGAAGAAAAAUGAUAACUAUUUGCAAAUGGGUUUAUUUUUGACACUGCUGAAUUCCACUUGCAAUUUUAGUUUCAAGAUUGUACCCUAGUUAUUGGGUUAUUUUAUGCUGUGUUUAUGGUCAGAUUGCCAACAUUUUAGAACUAGCUAGGAGUGGUUAAGAUAGAAUUUAAGUAAUUAGAUGCAGCUUUUAUUUCUGCCAAAAAUAUCUAAUUUAUGGAAUAAUUUAAAAUCUAAAACUUUAAGUGAAAUGUAUUCUUAGUUUCCAGCAUCGUGUUGUUUCCAAAAAGGCACACUGUUAAGUUCCCACCUAUCAUUUUCUAUGGUUUUGUGUGUAUCCAUAUUUUCCUUUGUUAUCCCAGUACCUUGAUUGGUUUGGAAACUGGCAGUGGAAAGUUAGAGUAGGCAAUUGAUAUGUAAACCAAGUGUCAGUAAAAUCAGUUUGAGGUAAGUUGUAUUUUAAAGCAAGUGAGACCUGAUCAGCAAUCAUCAAGGCAAAAACAGAGUAGUUGAGCCAAAGGGUCAAGGAAUUGGUAUAUUGCCAAUAUACAAGCCAAUGUAUAAUUACUACUGGUUUGAAUCAAUGAAAAUAAAAGAAUCAGCUGAAUAAGCACAUUUUUAUCCAUGGUUAUAUGGCUAACUUAAAACAUUACAAAUAAAUUAUCUUCUAGAGGAUUUUUUUAAAAUAAAAAUAUUGUUAAUUAUGUAUGAAAUAAGUUAUCCAUUCAUUGUUCUUACUUGACCCUUUGUAUUUAUCAAAGACUGAAAUUAUAGUAGCCUCAGUGUUACUCAUGGCUAGUAGCAUGACUCUAAGCAGGACUCAAAUUUUGUAGCUUUUUGGAUUUUUUAAAACUAUUUAUUACCUGAUUUUGAUCUGCAUUCUUUUUUUUUUAAUUUUUUUUAUUUAAUUUUUUUUUUUUAACGUUUACUUAUUUUUGAGACAGAGAGAGACAGAGCAUGAACGGGGGAGGGGCAGAGAGAGAGGGAGGCACAGAAUCGGAAGCAGGCUCCAGGCUCCGAGCCAUCAGCCCAGAGCCCGACGCGGGGCUCGAACUCAUGGACCGUGAGAUCGUGACCUGAGCUCAAGUUGGACACUUAACCGACUGAGCCACCCAGGCGCCCCUGAUCUGCAUUCUUUUCAAAUGUUGAUAAGUUUAUUGUUAAAAACACUAGCACAACACACAUUUUUUAUGGAAAGAAAGGAUUCUUCCACACUUUGUGCUAAUAAAAUUCAAGACAGAAUUAAUUCUGUGCAUGGGAAAAAUGAAAAACUCACAUACUGUUAUAUCUGGCCCACAAAUGUGCAGUUCCAUUUUUUUUAUAUAAGUAGAUUCUAUCUUAUUUAUAGACCCUAUGUAAAAAUGUGUUUGUCUUCUUAAAAUAUUACAUAUUUUAAAAACAAAAUGUUCUAUUUUUGUUAUGAAAAUUAUAUAAGUUUACUGUAGAAAAAUCUUGGAAAUACAGAAACAAAAAUAACAAACUUAGUCACCUAUAUAGUCCCACUACUUGAAGUAAGCCAGUAUUAAGCUUCUGAGGUAGAUGCUUCUGUUCUUUUGUAUCCACAUUACUUUUUACAGACUUGUUAUACAUAAUGUUCUCUUCAUGUAAUAUAUUAUGAACCAAUAAUGUUUUCUACAGCUGGAACAUUCAUAUUCUUCUCACUCAGAAUGUAAGCACAGAUUUUUGUCAUUCUUUUCCCCCCUCUUUCCCUUUGCAGGUAUUGUUAUUCUUUUCAGCUUUAAAAAUGGCUUUACUUCCUCAUCCAUUUAUCAAAACAGUACUUUAUAUAUUUGUACAUCUGAGUUGCUAAAGUCAUAGAAGUCUAGGUGUUACAAGGAGCAUUUAAGAAAUGAAAUUACUCUUUUAUCCAAAGAAAGAUAUAAUUAAGUUCAGGUCAAGGUGGCAUUUCAACUGUUUUUUUUUUUUUUUUUUUUUCAAUGUUUAUUCAUUUCUGAGAGAGAGAGUGCCAGCAGGGGAGGGUCAGAGAGGCAGACACAGAAUCCAAAGCAGGCUCCAGGCUCUAGGCUCUGAGCUAUCAGCACAGACCCCAACAUGGGGCUCAAACCCACAAACUAUGAGAUUAUGACCUGAGCCAAAGUUGGACCCUUAGCCAGCUGAGCCAUCCAGGUGUUCUGGCAUUUCAGCUUUUAAGAGGAAAUCUUAAGAAUCUUUGUUGUUUUGGAGUCAGACAAACAGACUAAGAUUCUUCCCUUGAAGCCAUCAUGAUUUUUUUCCUCAGAUCCAUGAAAAGUGCUGUUGACCUAUAAAAUGUACUUUUUCCAUAUGUGGUUAUGUUGACAGAUUGAAAACUGCUUAAACACAAUUCUACCGUGUGUAACUGAGGACAUGACCAAUAAACAUCAGAGAGUAAGUUUAGUAGCUUUGAAAGAAAACUAUUAUUCUUUCUUUGAAAGAAAACUAUUUUCAGGGGCAGGUUUGUAUAAUAUCAACAAAUUGAUAUGAGCAACCUUAUUUUUCUUCUUGGCCAGUCCUAUGCCUGUUUCCUAAGUUACUAAGACCAAUGAUUAAGGUAGAAGGUGAGGAUGGAGGGAAGUGGGGUAUAAUAACAAAGCAGUUACUGUUACACUGGAGUCAGAGGAAAUCGGCACAGCCAAAAAGGCUUUAUACAGUGUUGCUUUGAGGCAAGUGAGUGACCCCCCACUGAUAAAAGGAGUGAGAGUGAAACUCACAGCAAGAUUAAGCUGAAAGUAGAAGAGGGGAGUGGAGGGAGCGUUUGUUAUAAACUAAAUACUUUAUACACUUAUUUAGUCCUUUAGAGCAUGACAGUAGUGACAAACUAAAAUAGUUUUUCACUCCUGCUAGAAGAAAUACUAUAAAUGAAUACUGGCAUAUACUUGCAAAGAAAUAUAAAAAGAUCUAAAUUUCAAAUUAUCUUCGUAUCUUCAGGGGGGGUUCAUUGGUGUAUUUUGUUACUCAAGAGGGGAUCAAGCAAUAGUUUCAAAUGAUGUAGUGUUCAUAAUAGCUAAAGAAAAUGACUAAAAAGAGUAUUGUAACAGCAGUAUUAAAAAAUACCCUAAAGAAAACUAAUGCUGCCAACUCAACCAUCAUCUGUAUAACUGUCUAAUUUUUUUCCUAUUUCCACAUACAUCUAUUUGUAAACAUUUCAAUCAUAAUAUAGUUUGCUUUUCACUUAAUAUAUUUUAAACAUUUUCCUUUGUUACUUUUAUAAGGGUGUUGGGGAAUAGAUUUUGGGGGGUGGGAUGGAAAAUAGACUUAAAAUCUGUAAAUCAAAUACUAAACUUAUUUUGAUGACACGGAGUGAAUGGAUACUUGUAAAAUUGGAGUUGGGAGCCAUUUUGUAAAACAUCCAGGCAAUAAACAAAAGGGCAGGAAAUGACAUUCUUCUUCCAGUUCUACUCCCUGUCGGUUUAUAGUUUGGUGGCUUUCUAGAGACUGGGAAUGGAUCUUGUUAUAGCAUGUGAUAAAAUGUCAUGAACAAAUAAGAUCCUGUCUGGUAAUUAAAAAAAAACAAAACCCACAAAUGUAUUUUUAUCUAAAAUACUUGCAAAUUCUUGUUUUACUUUUUUAACACAUGAUACGAGCAAAUAAAACUGUUACAUUACCACCGUAACUAUUGUAAAGUUGUAAAGUGUCUGUCUCCAAAAAGGUCAAUCAAUAAAUAUUUUUAAAUAAAUGAAUGAAAUCCUCAUUGAGGUUUUCUGUGUAUGUAAAGUAAAGGUGAUUACCUAAUAGUUGAAAAAGAUUUCCAGGUAGCCAAACUACCUCUAAUGCUAAUAGUACUUUGUGAUAUGCUAAGUGUAUCCCAUUACUAGAAAUAUUUAAGAAGAUGUUUUAUGGAAAUCUUUCAGUGAUUAGUGAUAUUAGGUAUGAACAUAGACUUAUCAGUGAUAUUAGGUAUGAACACAGACUCAUGAUAGGCUGUAGUUACACAAAACAUCAAUGAAAAUAGUUGGUAAGCAAGUAGUCCUUUCUUUAUAUCAUAUCACCAGAUCAUCAUUAAAUCUGGAAAUGUUUAAGGACCACAGUUGUUUUAAUUAGUGAGAGCAUUAUUUCCCUAAGUAUGUUCCAUGGACUGCUAUCCUGUGAAAUACUCUGAGGAAAAGGUUAUUUGAUCAUACUCUCAGAUUCUAUAUACUAUAAUCUUUCUCAGAUAUUUAUAAUAUGUAUUAAUAUAUCAGAAGUGCUGAGAGGUUCAACUGUAAAGGAGCCUAUUUAAACUUGAUAAUUUUGAAUGUUCCUAAUGUGUUUUGAUGAAGGUUCCCCUUUUUUUCAGUUACAUCUUUUAUUAUAAAAACCACUGUUGGAUAAUAUUCAAUAAUAUAAAUAUUAAACAUAAUAUUGUUUUUAUACCAUUAAAAAAAAAAACACACACUGUUUCAUGGAAUGAAUCUUCUAUAGAACAGAACCCAUUUUGUCCAACAUGACCUAGAGACAAAUAGUCUCAAGGGAUAUCUGUCUUGUCUGGUUCCUUAAACUCUGCAUUGUCCAGAGCUUCUCUAGACUAGGAACAACCAUAGUCUUAGAACCAAACCACCUGAAUUCCAAAUUCUCUCACUCCUUAUCUCUACCUCUUUUCUCUGUGAGAGCACAACACCCUAUAGCUCUACUGAGUCUUCCUUAUACUCCUGUCCUGACUUAUAUACCUAUCCAAAGAGAUGGGACUUAUUUACCCUGGCAACAUUUUUUUUUUUAAUUUAUUUUUUAAAAUUUACAUCCAAGUUAGUUAGCAUAUAGUGCAACAAUGAUUUCAGGAGUAGAUUCCUUAGUGCCCCUUACCCAUUUAGCCCAUCCCCCCUCCCAUAACCCCUCUAGUAACAAGCCCUCUGUUCUCCAUAUUUAAGAAUCUCUUAUGUUUUGUCCCCCUCCCUGUUUUUAUAUUAUUUUUGCUUCCCUUUUGUUCAUCUGUUUUGUAUCUUAAAGUCCUCAUAUGACUGAAGUCAUAUGAUAUUUGUC